GGGCCGCCGGGAGCCGCUCCCCUGCCGCCCGCCCGCUGCCACAGCCCGCACCUGCGCCGGGGCCGCGCCGCCGGGCCAGCCCUUCGCCGGCAGCGGGGGCCGUUAAAGCCGGUAGCUGCGUCUCCCUCGCCGAGCAGCGAGCCAACUGAAAAUGUCUCAGAAUCCUGACAAGCCACAUUCAAGGGAGGAGGAGAAGCUGGGUGGUUUGGAGGACGGUCAAGAGGAGAGCUUGGACAACCCAGAUCAGUCUAUCAGAAAAAGAAUACGGCAGAGCACUCCAGGAUCACCCAGAGAUGAUACACCAAAGUCUAGUCCUCCUCGGCCUGUGUCAAUAGAAGACCUCAUGGAAACAGCCAAGGGAGUAACCAACAUGGUGCUAGCACAUGAAAUUGUUGUUAAUGGAGACUUCCAGAUCAAACCAGCUGAAUUACCAGAACACAGCCUAGAAAAAAAAGUAAGAGAUAUUGUGCAUAAAGCUUUCUGGGACUGCCUGGAAGCUCAGCUAAAGGAAGAUCCACCAACAUAUGACCAUGCAAUCAAACUGUUGGGAGAAAUUAAAGAGAAUCUUCUGUCUUUCUUACUGCCUCGUCAUACUAGGCUGAGGAACCAGAUUACAGAAGUUCUUGAUCUGGAUUUGAUAAAACAGGAGGCAGAGAACGGGGCCCUUGACAUUUCUAAGUUGGUUGAAUUUGUUAUUGGGAUGAUGGGGAUGCUCUGUGCACCAGCUCGAGAUGAAGAAAUCAAGAAGCUGAAAGACAUUCAUGAAAUAGUUCCUCUGUUCAGAGCAAUUUUCUCUGUAUUAGACCUAAUGAAAAUGGAUAUGGCAAACUUCGCUGUCAGUAGUAUUAGGCCAAAAUUAAUGCAGCAGUCUGCUGAAUAUGAAAGAAAGAAGUUUCAGGAGUUUCUUGAGAAACAUCCAAAUUCUUUAGACCUUGUCACAAAGUGGUUGCAAGAAGCAGCAGAUGAUCUCACAAAGCUGAGAUCUAAAGCAUUGCCUUCCCACUGUAGUGAUGAUGGUGCUACUGGUGGAGUUUCCACCUUGUGCUCCACUGCUGUGCAAAAUCAGGCCUAUCUGAAACUCCUAAAGUGGGAUCACAUCAACAGGCCCUUUCCAGAAACAGUGCUAAUGGACCAGACUCGCUUCCAGGAAAUACAGCUGGAGCUGGAGCAGCUCCUCAUGAUUGGGACAGUCCUUCUGGUUACUUUCAGUGCAGCAGGCUCAGCACUCGUCGAUAUGCCUGGAUUUACAGGGAAAAUCAAAACCAUUGUCAAGGUGCUGCUGACAGGAAUGCAUCUGGUGUCCUUUAACCUGAAGGAAUCUUUGGCUGCCAUUGGUGAAAAGGUGUGUGCUGAAGUGAACAGCUGCCUCUGCCAGCACGGCUUCACACCAUUCUCGGUGGAGAAAGAGACUGUACUUAAGGGACAAAUCCAAGCUGUGGCCAAUCCAGACAACACCAUCUGCAAGCUAAUAGAUUCUCGAAUACAAAAGUUUCUGGAGAGCUAUCUUGCAUCUGGUCACCAGAAAUCAUUACCUGCUGUUCCUGGAGGAUUAGGUCCUAUUCAGAGAGAGCUGGAAGAGAUUGCUGUCAAGUAUGUUCGUCUGGUCAACUACAACAAAAUGGUCUUCAGCCCUUACUAUGAUGCAAUCCUUGGCAAAAUACUGGCUAAGGAAGAAUCUCAACCUCUAGGGAAGUCAGAGGAAUCUUAAAGCCAGUUGGUGCAUUCCUGGGGUGGUGUUGUUGGCUAUAAACAACACUGCACCAACACUUGUCUAGGAAAACAGCUUUCCAUGUAAAUAUUGGUUCCUUUUAAUUCACUAGUGAUGGCUGAUGAGAACACAUGACAUGCAGAAGGGAAUCUGAAAUAAAUGUUGAGAGAGAGAUGCAUUUUUAAUCUCAGUGUGCACCUGGAGGGGAUGUCUGGGUAGUUUUCUGGCUGUGAUUUUUAAUGUUUGAGCUGAUGCUAGACAGGACAAGAUUUAGAACCAAACUUUAUACUGAAGUGGCUCAUUUUUAGGGCAUUUUGCUCUAAUUUACUGUGACUUGAGUUUAAUCCAAAGCUGAUGAGCAGUGGUCCUUCCCAAAAUGGGGUGAUCUGGCUUUAAAAAAAGUAAUCUUUAAAAGACUUAAGAAGAAAGCUAAAAUUCUAGAGAAACUUUAACAGGCAAAAAACAAAGCCAAACAGCACUUUAUUGUAACAUUAUGGUUCGUAGGGUAGGCUACUAAUUUUUUCUGCAUUUUACUGCAUUUUUAAUAGCAUUUUUUUGCUCUUUACCUGCAGAUGUUACAAAACAUAGUAUAUUUUUGUAGCAAUUUUUUCUGGUUAUUGGGUAACUGUCCUCUGCUAUGUACAGUACUUACAAAGGUGGCAAUCUUAUAGAUUGCAGCUGUAUUUAUCUCUUGUAAAGACUUCAGAAGGGCAGAGCUAAAAUGUUUUGAUAAAAGU